AUGGCUCCCGCAAAGAAGGGUCGAGAGAAGAAGAAGAAGGGUCAUUCUGCCAUCAACGAGGUGGUGACCCGAGGAUACACCAUCAGCAUUCGCAAGCGCAUCCAUGGCGUGGGCUUCAAGAAGCAUGCUCCUCGGGCACUCAAAGAAAUCCGGAAAUUUGCCAUGAAGGAAAGGAUAAGGACUCACCAAACAAGCUGCAACCUACGAGCCUGUUACCAUAUUCCAAACCUACAGACAGUCAAUGUGGGUGAGAACUAAUCUGCUGAAUGUCAAAUAAAGUUGGAGAACUGCCUUCA